AUGGACCCCGUUGACACGUUGAAAGCCAACGACGAUUUGGAAAAUGGAUCGCCUAACGAUGAUAUUGAAAUAUGCCCUCACCUUAAGGAGGCAGUAAAAAUACAAAAACUCAAAAAAAUCAUCAAGAAUGCUAAUCUAGCGAACGCGCAGUGUAAGGAAUGUGUGCAGCAAGCUGAAGAUACUCAGGAAACACCAGAUCUCACAGAUGGCGACAAUAUUACCUCUGAAAAGGAAACAGUACAACCACAAAUAUGGCUCUGUCUCGCUUGUGGUAAACUUCAUUGUGGCCGCUAUGAUAAGAACCAUGCGGAGCAACAUUUUAACAAAAAUAAGCCACAUACGAUUGUAAUGAAACUGGAUAUGUCCAUGCCCGAAACUUGGUGUUAUUCAUGCGAUAAGCAGAUAAAUUCUUCUACUGGAAAAAAUCAAGUUAUCAGUCAAGCACGAAACACUGUCUUAAAGGUUUUUAAAUUGGAUAAUAACGUCAAAGCUCCAGUUCAUGAAUCAAAUGUAUCGACAAACAACGACAUGAAAACUCGCUACCAAACUGCCGCUCCCGGAUUGGAAAACCUUGGCAACACUUGUUUUUUUAAUUCAGUUAUGCAGGUCGUGGUAGCGACUUCGAUUUUGCGUGAUAUCCUCCAACCUGACAACCCAUAUAAAAAAUAUCCUUUCAUAAAGGCUGAACGGUGCCCUGCAGCUAAAGAGGAUGAAUAUGUGGGUCCGUUAACUGAUGCGUUUAAAAAAUUCUUGAAAGUCAUAUGGGCGCAACAAGGAGGAAUUGUUACUCCUCGCGACUUGUUCACCGAAAUAGCAAGAAAAUGGAAAGAGUUUCGUGGGUGGAGACAACAAGAUAGCCAAGAACUCAUGCGUUUAAUGUUUGAUAGUAUUAAGAGUGAAGAGUUUGAGUUCAUAAAAAAGAUACCUCAUGAAGACAAAGAAGAAGAACCGAAAACGGAAGAUAGAGAAUUGGUCAAAGAGCAAGACGAUUCUUCCAGUGAAAAAUCCCUACAACAAAAGCCCGAAUCUUUCAUUGAUGUUUGCUUCGGAGGAAGGCUAGUCAGCGUCAUUGUUUGUGACACUUGCAAACAUGAAUCUUAUUCAUAUGAAAAGUUUUUGGACGUAUCAUUGCCGAUACAAUCUCCUUUCGGCGAUGAUCAACAUAAAGGAUCUAAGCAGAUGUCUUUCAGCGGCAUAAAAAAAACCGUUAGUAAUUUUGGUAAUUAUUUAUCGAGGAGUCGAAGUAAUGACAACACGUCUCCACAAGAGUCACCUACAGACGAUUCUUCUCGAAGCGGUGAUGAUGACUCAAGCGAUGAUGGCUCCAAAGAAAAUGGAGAAUUCGAGGAUAGUAAUAGGGACGAUGAUUCUGAAAAUGGAAUAGGGAUUGCGAAAAUUUCAAAAGAUCAAAGGAAGCGAAUAAAAAUGCUUCUCAGGGAACCAACAAGGUCUGGUCGGUCCACACCAAAUUCAACCAGGGAUAAUAUAACUCUUGUCGAUUGCCUUGCAAGUUUCAUGAAAGUCGAAACUUUGGAUGGAGAAAAUCUUUUUGCGUGCGAAAACUGUUGGAAAUCACAAAAUCCUUCAGAAGAACCAAGUAGUAAUGGUACGAGUGGAGGUUCUGUGGUGGAAGAACAAUCAAAUGAAUUGAAUGACAUUAGUGUUGAAAAGAAUGACCAAGUUGAAAAUCAUGUAGAAACUCAUGAUUUAUUGAGAACGCAGUUGGAAGAUGACGAUAUUUUUACUGCAGCAGUGGUGGAUGACGCAGUUUAUUCAGAAACUACACAUAAUGACGUGGACGAUACAACCAUGGCUGAUGAUUCACAACCAUCAGAACCUGCACCAAUGUCACUCUCUUCAGAUGACCCGAAUUCGUCAUCAGAAACUACACCCGAGUCUUCAUCCAAUGCACCUAUAAUUACUACACCUGAAUCUUCGUCUUCUGUACAUACUAUGAUGAAUGAUGCACCGCUAUUGUCAGAGACUACUAAUGAUUUACCAUUAGACGAACGCUCUUCAGACGUUAGUGAAGAUUCAAAUGACCAAACAGCCGAUCAACCUAGUUCAACGAAUUAUACUAAUAAUGACCCUGACUCGCUCUCUGUUGAUAAUAUAAUCCCAUCCGCAAUACCUUCAUCUUCGAAGCCUUUAAAGAAGGAAUCCCAGCCUCAGCCUCAAAAAUACAUCUUUAGAAAGGCUUAUAAACGUUAUCUAUUUGACUCUUUGCCCCCAGUGUUAGUUUUUCAUUUGAAACGUUUCCAGCAAGUUGAAGGUCGAUUUUCCGUCAGCACAAGAAAGAUUGACGAUUUUGUAGGUUUUGAAGAAGAAAUUGAUGUUCAGGAUUUUAUUGUUCCACCCGAAAGUGAAGAAAUGGAAGAUGAAGAUGACGAGAGUGGAUCUGAAUCCUUAGCUGAAUCCCGUAUCACUAAAUAUCGGCUUUAUGGAGUCGUAGUACAUUUAGGAAGUCUUUUUAAUGGACACUACAUUGCUUACGUUCUUUCAAGGAAUAUCGUUCCGAUGAGGGAACAAUAUGGUGGUUUUCCGUAUCUCUCCGACGAUGGUUAUAAAGAAGUCGAAAAGAUAACGGAGACAGUGGGUGAAGGGCAAAGGCAAUGGAUUUAUUGCAGUGAUAGUUCAGUUCGUGCAGUAAAUGUUGAAGAAGUUCUUAAAA